AUCGAUGAAUCUUAAAAUGGCGGACGGAACGCAUGGCAGUCAACUAGAGGAAUAAAGAGCGCUGUAUGGUUCUUUUCCGGUAUCGCUGUUACGCGUGGAAGGUUAAAAAAUGAAGCAAAUUGUAACCAACCAGACGGUGAAGAUCCCUGAGGGAUUGACCGUUACAGUGAAAUCUCGUUCUGUCACGGUUAAGGGACCAAGAGGUGUUCUUAAACGUUCCUUCAAACAUCUUGCUUUGGACAUUCGUAUGAUUAAUCCAAGACUAUUGAAAGUUGAAAAAUGGUUUGGAACAAAGAAAGAAUUAGCUGCAGUACGUACCGUAUGUUCUCACAUAGAAAAUAUGUUGAAAGGAGUAACGAAAGGUUAUCAAUAUAAGAUGCGAGCUGUAUACGCUCAUUUUCCUAUUAAUUGUGUAACAACUGAAAAUAAUACGGUCAUUGAAAUCCGAAACUUUUUGGGUGAAAAAUAUAUACGACGAGUUAAAAUGGCUAAUGGCGUAACUGUUACAAACUCUGCCAAGCAAAAGGAUGAAUUAAUAAUCGAAGGAAACUCGUUGGAAGAUGUUUCACGAUCUGCUGCACUUAUUCAGCAAUCUACCACUGUGAAAAACAAAGACAUUAGAAAGUUUUUGGAUGGACUUUACGUUUCCGAAAAAACUACCGUUGUACAAGAUGAUGAAUAAAUGUUAUUAGACGAAAAUUAA